CCCCCACCAGCUCAUCCCGCCUCUCCUCCGCCUCUUCAGCAACCCCUCCACCAUCUCAUCACGCCUCUCCUCACCCCCUGCAGCUACUGCCACCCGUCGCCGCCUCGUCGCGCCCUGCAUCUCUCCGCACCGUCCAUCUCACGGCGCUCUUCAUCUCGCCGCUCCCCUAAUGCCCUGCAUCCGCCUCGGUGCUCCCUGUCCACCUGAAGCUCACCUCUGCAUCCCCUCCUGAAGUUUUGCUUUUCCCAUGGUCUAACUAAGGCAAGAAGAGAAGUUGUGCACCAAACUUUGCAGUGAGAUAAAAUUGCAGCUGAACAAGUAUGGGCAUGCCAAGUUGCCAACCAUUAUAGUGGGACACGCAUGCAAGGCGCAACUGGAUUGCCAAAACCGACUUAAACAGACUUAUAGCCCUAGGUAAAAUGACCUUUUUCUGCUCUCCGUCUCUUCCUCCUCCCCUCCCUCUUCCUCUCCAAUCUCUAGGCUAGACUCUUCACACAGUACACGCAUACGCACUGCACACCAAAACUACCUCUAAUUCUCAGCCUCUCAUCUCUUCGAUUCAAUCUGACCACCUGUAAUCCCAAAUUAAGCCGCACAGUACAGUUACCAAUUCCCCUUGGCUCCGUUCCGCGAGCAUACCCUCACAAAUUGCUGCUUCUGAUUCAUCGCGUGGUCGGGUAGGGUUUGGGUUGUGGCGUCGGGUUGGGCUGGUGUUGUCGUGAGGAUUGGUUCGGGUUUUUCUGAGUUUGGUGUACUCCGCAUGCGGCGGAUUGGACGAGGCGGGACGGCUGGUCAGGCUUGGACCUAUGGGCAGCACCGGUGAGCCCUAUCGGAAGCGGCGGCUCUCUGACUCCUUUGUAUCUCCCGCCAAGCGCCCAGCGCUUCCGCCUUCCUCUGACGACAAGAAGCUUGAUUUUGCUGUACUUAAAUACAGAAACCAAAAGCUUUCAGAACAGCUAGCUGUCCAUAAGUUUGAGUACCAUGCCCUCGAGGGUAAAUUUGACGAUCUCAAGCAGAAACAGAAGGCUCACCACGAGACCCAAGAUCUAGCUAACAAGUCUUGGGAGCAUCUUGUGAGAGAUUUGAAGGCUAUUUCUGUUUGCAAAAGUGGAUUUCAAAAUCCUUCCUGCAGUGCAGGUCCUAGCAAUGUGUCUACAGAUGGCACAUGCAUCCCAAAAGACAAGGACUUCCUUAGCAGACUUGUUGAGACAGGUGCCACAGAAAGUUCAGGUUGCCAUUUGGAAAACCAUGUACACUCGUCAAGUACUGAUGUGCUGCAGAAUAUAUUGUUCUCAUCAAAUGAUUCAUGGCAUGCAAAUAAGAAGUCUCUGUUAGAUCUCUUUGCUGCAUUACCUGAAAAUGAGCGUAGUAGGGAAUUGCGAACUACUGGUACUGAGCUGUCACUACAGCUUAAUGAUGCCAUACAAGAACUUAGUGAUCUCCACUUGAAGCACAGGCGGUUAACAGAGAAGCACCAUGAAGAGAGAUGUUUAAACGCUCGAAGCAAAGCUGAACAGAAACUCCUUAAAGAGGAGUUGGCAAGUGCUGUUGCUGAGUUGGAAGAAAGCAACCACAAAUUGGCAGUCCUCAAAGCACAGGGAGACCCUACACAUGGAACUCCAAUCUUAUUUCCAACUUUAGGAAAUAAAAGCUUGCCUGAGGAUAAUGUCAGAGACAAACAAAAGGAAUUGCAGGAUCUAGAGGCAUGUCACAAGGAGUUUACGGAUCUGAUUUCACAACGUUUGGUGGAAAUAAGGAGACUUCACGAAGAUAGAAUUGAAAUUUUGAACAAGUUGUCUACCUUCCAGAACACUUUGAUGGAUUUUAAGAGCAUUUCUUCUUCAAAAGCUUUCCAAGUUCUGAAGGAUCAACUCCAAAAGUCACAAGCAGAGUUGGACCACUGCCGAAUGCUAUUAGAGAAAUUACAGGUUAAUAAGGAUAAAUUGAUAUGGCAAGAAAGGGAAGUUAAUGUAAAAGUUGAUCUGUCUGGAAUUCCUCAUAGGGUAUCUCUGAAUUGUGAGUCAAGCAUUGCAGUUUUAGAACAGAAUCGGCAGAAAGUAGUUGAUGAAAAGAAUAUGCUUGCGCUGAAACUUGAAGAAUCUUCGAGAGAACCUGGUCGGAACCAAAUCAUAUCAGAAUUUAAAGCGCUGGUGUCAUCACUGCCAGGAGAAAUGGGUGCUAUGCAAACUGAAUUAUCCAAGUACAAGGAUGAUGCUUCAGAAUUGCAUUCUUUGCGAGCCGAAGUUCACUCUGUUUCUGAUAUUCUGGCUAGAAAGGAGCACACUAUCGACGAAUCAUUAUGUAGAUCUGCUCACGCUGGAUCUGAGACAAGGGGUCUACGAUCCAGGGUUUGUGAACUAAGGCAAACGAAUUGCGAGUUGAAGCUCUUUGUGGAAAUGUAUAAACGCGAUUCUACUGAUUCAAGAGAUUUGCUGGAGUCCAAAGAUGGAGAAUAUUGUGAAUGGGCUCAUGUCCAUAGCCUCAAAUCUUCUCUUGAUGAGAGUAGGCUAGAACAGCGUGUUAAGGUAGCCAUUGAAGCUGAAGCAAUGUCUCAGCAGAGACUAGCAAGUGGUGAAGCUGAGAUUGCUGAAUUAAGGGGGAAGAUGGAGAGUGCCAGAAGGGAUAUUGGUAGUUUAUCUGAAUUAUUGAAAUCAAAACAUGAAGAAGGUGAAGCGUACCUGUCAGAGAUUGAGAGUAUUGGGCAAGCAUAUGAAGAUAUACAAACACAAAAUCAACAAUUGCUACAGCAAAUUAUUGAGAGAGAUGACCACAAUACAAAGAUCUUUAUGGAAGGCGUUAAGGCGAAACAGGCACAGGAUACUUUGCAUUUAGAAGUAUGCAACCUGAACAGGAAUUUACGGCAGGCAAAGAGCUUGAUGGAUCUCUACAAAGAUAAAGUUGCCCAGUUUGACGACAAGUUAAAAGUUUGGUCAGAGCAGAUAGGGAGACUUUCAGAGGAUGGACGGCGACAUUCUGUAUCUUCAGGCAAUGCUCAACGAAAGCUGGUGGAUGUACAGGGAGAGGUUCAACAAUUGAGGAAGUCAAUGGAUGAAGUACAAGCCAAGGUCGGGAGGAAUCGACUAGAAGUUGCUGGGUUGCUUGUAGAACUAGAGAAGGAUAGGUUUAGUAAGAGGAGAAUUGAGGAUGACUUGGAAUCGAUGUCAAGGAAAGCUAGUUCUCUUCGAGUGAAGACAGAAGCCUCGUCGUUGUUGGAAAAGGUUCAUCAGGAGGUCAAUGAGUACAGGGGAAUAUUGAAGUGUGGUGUCUGCCGCGACCGACAGAAAGAGGUCGUGAUCACCAAGUGCUACCAUCUUUUCUGCAAUGACUGUAUACAGAAGUUACUUCGAAACCGCCAGCGGAGAUGUCCUUCCUGUGGAUUAAGCUUUGGGGCCAAUGAUGUGAAGCCGAUUUAUAUAUGAUGCUGUAGUGGGGUCAUCUAGGACAAAUGACUGAAGUGCUGCUUGCUUGGUUCAGUCGAAAAUGUAGCUUAUCUUGCCAAAUUUCUUCAAAGAGGACCCAUAGCAUACUUUAGGUUGCAGGCACAAUGCCCGUGGCUUUGCGCUAUGCGAGUGUGGCUUGCCGCUCCGUUGUAAAGUUUGUAAUUUUCUUGUUGAAAUAGCUUGUAGUCUGUUUGCAUAUACAUUUUAUUAUUCUAGUAUUUGACAUGUCAAGGAAGAGGAGUUAGUGAUUGCAAAAGAAUACCAUAGAUUGUAUCAUUGUAUGCUUGGAAAAUCUAAGGUGCAUAGAUGUGCACCUUUCUCUCCCCA